CUCGAGAGUGAUGACAUCAGAGUGCGCCGCCUCCGCCUUCGCCCUCGCCAUGAACAGCGUCGGGGAGGCUUGCACUGACAUGAAGCGGGAGUACGACCAGUGUUUCAAUCGCUGGUUUGCCGAGAAGUUCCUGAAAGGGGACGGCUCUGGGGACCCGUGCACCGACCUCUUCAAGCGCUACCAGCAGUGUGUUCAGAAAGCAAUAAAGGAGAAAGAGAUUCCUAUUGAAGGACUGGAGUUCAUGGGCCAUGGCAAAGAUAAGCCUGAAAACUCUUCUUGACCCUGAAGAUGGAUUCCUCACAUUAGGAACAGAAAGGAGUCUGGAUUUUGUCAACAAAGGCUAUGAAGAUAGACGUGGAAUUUGAUGAGUUUGGGAUUUUUGUCUCUGCCUUCUGGAUUUUCCUGCUUCUAGAAGAUGAUGAACUGUCAUUCUUGCUUUGAGAUGAUUUCUCACUUGGAGAAAUGUGCUAAAACUGAACCAUUUCUUGGGAUUAUGGUUGCAAUACAUGGUCUGUAAUCAGCUUUAAACACGCCUUGUAUGUAAGUAAUGAUGAACUGGCCAAGGUGAUCUUGAUUUUUGCUGCAAAGGACCUUAGGUACACUCUAUGGGGGUCAUUGUCCAUGAAGGCAGUCGGUUAGGACCUCUUUUUCCUCUCAGGGAGCUAAUGCUCUUAAAAGGGGCGGGGCCCAGGCACUACGGUUCCAAUCAAUGGGGAGCACGGUUUUAUUUUUAUGUGGUAAUAGUUGAUUGUUGGUGGCCUGUGUUAGUGAAGGGGAGGAAGCUUUUAACAGUGCCUGCCUUAACCCGAGUUGGAUGACCAACUCAAGAGUUCACAGCAUGGCUAACAUUUACCAUGCUUGGUUGCCAAUGAAGAAGCACCUUCAUUACAAAGACCUGCUGCUGCCGGUUUUCAACUCAAGCUUAUCUGCACAUCAUUCAAAAGGAAAAAUGCUGCCUCUGGUCAGAUGCAGAUGUGGGAAAGGUGCUUGCUUUUAUCUGUCUACUGUGCCCUAUGUAAUAUCUGUAAUCAUGAAAAUGAAAUAAAUUGUAACAUUAGUUUUUAUUA